AUGUUCACGUUCAGGACGUUCAGUUUAAUAAGCAAUGUAUGCUCUUCGACUCAGUGUUCAUAUCCUUUCUCGUCGUACACUGAAUUGGAACUAUCAUUAUUUAAGAACGAAUAUGUUGAUGAACCUGAAGAAUCUCAGACAGUACAAGGUUUUAUGGAUGAACUGUUCGGUGAAAGUAGCAGAAGUGAAGUGGACAGAGUGCCUUUAAGUGCUACAUCCGCUGACUCCCUUUCGAUGCAGUCAGGCAUGUGUGAAACGUCUGUUAAUAACCGGUUUCAGAACAACUAUAUGCUGCCUCGUUAUUUGGCAGAUGAUAUGAAUAGAUGCGCCAAUGAAGGUUUAUGCUCCUCAAAGCGUUCAACCAAGUUUAACCGAAGUAAUGACAGUGGGAUUUCAUUUUCAUCUCGGUCAUCGGAGCCGUCUACACCUCUCACUUACAGUGGAGAACAUGUUGGACAACUGACAUCAACAUCCAAUCAAAGUGAAACUGUUUCAACGACUAAAUCAGUUUCUAAAUUCCCCUCAGCCCUAGCAUCAUCCUCAUCAACAUCAUCAAAAAGUGUAAGUCAUCUUGAUAGGAUGAUCAAGUUGCAAGAAGAACUUAUGCAGCUCCGCUGA